GCCUUUGCGCACGGAUUUCGAAUGAGAAGAAGAAACAGGCGGAUUUUCUCCGAGCUAGUGGAUUUUAAAGCGGGUACCUGCUGGAAGAGAGCGCGCCCGAAAGGGCUGAAAGAACUGAAACAGGAAGCUUUUUCGACGUUAUUUUAGGAGAAUAACCCAAGAGAUCACCAUACCGUUCAGCCAGAACACGUCUUUAACUCUAAAAAAAAAGAGUGGCCAUGAAAUGCCCCGUGAUGAAGUCUACAAAGGACGACACGAUGGAGAAAAGCCCCGCUGACGCUGCAGUGUCCAAGGAGUUCUACCUGAGAGAUUCCCCAAAGAAAGCGCCAGUCCCCAUCAGGUCUCAGGAUGCCCAGGCCACUGUGUUGGCUCCCAUCGAGGGCGACGCCAGCGCAGUUCACAACAAGGAAAACAGCACCAGCAGGGUGCACGAUGGGACCCUGGACGAAUGCUUUGAGGACAGUGGUUAUUUGUCUUUGCUCAAUAGCCAAAUAGAUCACCACGUCGACGACGAAGACGCCCACGUAGAUGGGACACACCAGAGAACGACUGUUUCGGCGAAUAAUUCCCCCUCAAAAUGUCAAGGGAGGAUUAGAGCCAGCCUUCCAGGGUCGCUGGCAGCUUUCACACAUGUAGAUCGCCAUGAAAGGACAACAGUAGCUCUGUCGUCCACCCCCACCAACCAUCACACAGGCCCCAAUCUGCCUAUUUUAAGAUUCCAACAGGCUGUUUGUGCAGAGCUCGCUAAGAGCUACAAGAAGAGCAAGAGGUAUGACUGGAGUGUCAUCCCAAAGAUAGCACAGGACUAUCUUUUGGACCGAGUAAUCGGAGGGUCCAUAGGCCUCGAGUACAUCGACGUGUUUGAAUCUCUGCUUGCCAGGAACAUGAAAAGCAUCCUCACCAACAUCCUGGCCCUGCUGGGAGACAUGGACCUCAUAAGUUGUAAGAAGGUGAGCAGGACCUGGAAGAAGAUCAUAUGUGAGGAUUCUGCAGCUACGAGGAGGUGUCAGCAAGCUGAGCAGGCUCUCAGGGAGUCAAGAAGCUCUCAGAGACAACCUGCUACUGGUCUGACGAGAGACGUCGUUGCAUCCAGGAUGGUACUGUCCUGCAUGCAGACUCUGGCCUCCUCAAGCACACCAGCUUCCUCUCAAUCUUCAUCCACGCAAAGCUGCAGGAGCCUGCCCAACCCUCAGUGUGAACGCUUUGACAAAUUUGUGCAAGCUGCCAGCAGUCUGAAGCAGCACGAGUCUCUGCGCUCCUGCAGGCGCUGCAACUCGCCUGCGGUCCAUUCACCCGAGACACAGAGGGCCAAAUGCACUCGCUCCAGCUGUCUCUUUGACUUCUGCACCCGGUGCCAGGAGCCCUACCACAGCUCCGCCCCGUGCCGAACAGUCAAACCCAGUUCGUGCCUCACUACCUCCAAGAAGAGCCCGAUCAUCGCGGGGAGCGCGCGCAGCAAGAGAAGCAUCAGGCGCUUGUGAUGACGGUUUACGCCGUCCCUUUAUUCACUGACUCUUUUAACUGAUGUAAACGUCUCUGCUGCUAGGGGCUCCGCUUGAACCUCGGACAGCUUUUACACGAGCUCAACGCGAGCGUGACUCGAGUGCCAAACUGUGAUCAAAUGGAACAAGCACUUAAAGCACUGCUGGAACAAUCUACCCAAAACUGUUGCCUAACAGUUUUUUUUAGGGCCCCCAAGAAAAGAAAAAAAGAAAGAAAUGGAAAGUAUUUAACUUUCAGAUUAUUAUUUUUUUUAUAUAAUUUUUAAAGUUGAAAAUGUAUGAAUAUAUAUUCAUUUUAUAUUCUUUUAAACACAUUUUUAAAUAAAUGUUGACAUUGGUUUUGCUCAGUUCUAUUGCAUUUGUAUAACCUGUACCUGUAAAUAGAUAUUUACAUAUAAAUCUA